AUGGGUUUCAAGGACGCCAUGGGCGCAAUAUCAAGCUUGAUCAUCAUCGGCGCUGCUUCAAACGCAUGUAGUGCUCGCGUGGUGGGCAGCAGAAAACACGCGUCAGCAGCAGCAGAGGCCUGCUGCUGGAACUCGAAACGGUUGAGACCGAACCGCCACCUCACGGGCAGCAGGCGAUCGCUGUCGCUCGCAACAGACGAGUUGCUCACCAGCAGAUCACUCUUUUUGAUACGAGGGGGCACAAGCUCAGAACUAUUCGAUGAAAGCAACCCUCAGUCGCGGUGGUGGAGAUCGCGGAAACGAUGGGCCAAGCGGAAGGCAGCGGAGCUAGCGGCGAAGGAGGCGAAAGAGAGCCGCACCCACGCGCACCCAAAACAUGUCAUCCUAAACUUGCUUCGACUACUGAAGCGCUGGAUUGGCGUGGUGGUCGACUUCACCACGCUGAAGCGUCUUCGCUUGCUGCGGCAAGCGAGAAGGGGGUCGUGGCAGCACGGAGGGCCAAUCCCCGUCAGGUAUCGAGGGGUGCUGCAGGAGCUGAGGAACGAGGUUGCGGCGAAGCCGGGCCUGGAGAGACGCGCCAAGAAGGUCCACCACGAGCUAGAUACCGUUGCUUUUGGAAGGUUUUUGGAGGCGGCGUUUUGGGCGUUGGAGCACGAUGGCAAGCGGGUGAGCGACUUCAUCGAGGAGUCCAUCGCCUGGAGGGAAAAGAUCGGGGCAGAUCGCCUCCGAAAGGAGGACGUAGUCGACCAAGGAUGCCGUGGGGCCAUCAUUGUGAAGGGCCACGAUCUCAGCAGGCGACCGGUGGUGUACUUUAGACCAGCCCUUGACGGAAGGAUGGAGGGAGACGGCAACUCGAAGCUGAUGAUUUACAACCUGGAGAGGGCGAUUCGCCUCAUGCCAAGAAACAGCUGGCAAUAUACCAUCGUCAUCGACUGUGAAGGGAUGGGCCUCAAGCAGCUCCCCCCGGUGACGUACAUGAAGAAGAUGUUCAAGCUCCUGAGCCACCACUACCCGAUGCGCCUUGGGCACGUCCUGUUCACGAACGUGGGGCCCAGCGUCAUGCUCUGCUGGAAGGUGGUCUCGCCUCUGCUGCAGGCCAGAACCAAGGCCAAGAUGCACCUCAUACCCUCCACGGCACUAGGUCAAACCGCCAAGUACAUCCACCCGAGUCAACUCCUGUCCUUCGCGGGAGGCAAGUCGACAUGGCAGUACGACCCGGCGGUGUACUUCUCCAGCGAUGCAGCCAGUUUGUAG